AUGUCCUCAAGCGCUGGUAUCGCCAUCCUGGGCGCCGGAAUAUUUGCCAAAGAAGCGGUCUUAAACCAGAAUGCCCCCGCACUGAAAGCGGUCUAUUCACGUUCAGAAAAGAGCGCGCGAGAUCUUGCCACCUUGGCCCAGGACACUCUCAAGCUCUCCGAGGCGCCAACUGUUUACCACGAGGGCGACAAAUCGACGGAUCUGGACGCCCUCCUCAAACGCAACGACAUUAAUGCCGUAGUCGUUGUAAUGCCCAUUACGUCCCAGCCUGGGAUCAUCCUCAAGGCUCUCGAGGCCGGGAAACACGUCUUGAGUGAAAAACCUGUGGCCGCUGACGUCGCGAAAGGGUUGGACCUGAUCAAGGAAUACAACACUCGUUUCAAGCCCAAAGGACUAAUUUGGCGGGUCGCUGAGAACUUCGAGUCUGAGCCUGCGAUCCGACUUGCUGGGGACGCCAUUCGUUCAGGCAAGAUCGGCGACGUUGUCUUCUUCAAGGCCUUGGCCGUCAACCACAUCGACGAGGAGUCCAAAUGGUACAAAACAUCGUGGAGGACAGUGCCUGAUUAUCAAGGAGGGUUCUUGCUAGAUGGAGGUGUGCACACGAUCGCCGUCCUCCGCACCAUCCUCCCAGACCCUCUCACCCAUUUAUCCGCUUUCGCAUCGUUGAACAAGGAAUACCUCAAGCCCCACGACACCAUUAACGCCAUAGCCAAGGCUGACGGCAAGUACCACGGAACCAUCGAGCUGUCGUGGGCGUUCCCGACGGCAGAUAAACCUCCUCUCGGAGACCAGUUUGUCGUCACUGGAACGCGCGGAUGGGUGUCCAUCAACCACUCCUGGCCUACUUCGAGCGUCAAGGUGACGAUCAGAAGCAUCAAGCCGACAGAAGGAGGGAAGGAAGAAGAGGUUCAGGAGGUCAUCGAGAAACCAAUUCAAGGUGUUGAAGCUGAAUUGAGAGACUUCUUCGAUGUCAUUUCGGGGAAGCAGGCUCUGCCCAUUGGCGUUCCGGAAGGUGCUCUUUUCGACGUAGCGGUGAUUCAAGCUGCUUUGAAUAGCGGCGGCCAGCUCGUAGAUCUCGUCAAGCUGCAGACGACAGGAUGA